AUAUGAUUGACAAAUGUUGUCAAAGCAAGUAUGCCACAUUUGCAAACUUAGCCGCACGCACAAAACCGCUUUUACAUGAAACAAACAUGAUGGCAAUUUGUCUCCUGCUAGACUACCGCUCUCUCUCCACAGCGGACCCGGUUUUAAGGUUGAUUGCGAAGGACUAAGACUGUGGAGUCGUUUACUUCUUUGAAGCCUUGAGUGUCCACCUACUCAUUCAGUCUCUGUCCAUGAUGUAGCUGCAAAGAUUUCGGCUAAAAUUUAUUAUAGCCCCUCGAUGCUUGCAUCGUGCUUCAAAUGACCUUAUCCUUCCAGUUCUACGGUG